AUGGCAAGAGACGACGAUGAAGUGUCCCUCAUUUCCGACAUCUCGACGCUGUUGGUCUCAGACACGUUUCUUUCGGAGGACGCGCGCAAAACGAAGAAGCACAUCAGACAUAUUUUCAAGCUGGGCCUAGCAUGCACCCUCGUCAUCUUCUUCCCGAUCUCCGGCUGUAUUCAAGAAACCAUACUAAAGUCCUACGAAGAGAAAUACAAUAUACACAUUUCCGCUUUCCUCGCGCAGAGUAUCCAGUCGAUUUCAGGCGCUUUUGCCUGUCUCUAUGUCCCUGCGUUUCUCGCGCUGGCCAAGCCCAAGCCUAGUUUCGUCAUUGCAGGAUGUAUUCAUCUUCUUUACACCGCGUCCUUUGCCCUUCCGAAUGCGAUCGCGAUAUAUUGCAUUUCUGGUUUUCUUGGCUUUGCUGGGUCGCUUCUGUGGACCACGCAUGGCAUCACAGUCAUUCACAAUUCGACCAAAAAGACUCUUUCAAGAAAUUACUCGCUCUUUUUCAUCAUUUUCCAGAUAUCAUUUCUAGUUUCAAAUGGAUACAUCUACGUCAGCUACGGCUCAAUCGACGAGCAUGUUAAUGUCACCAUGCUGAUCAUGAUCGCUUUGGGCCUCCUCGGCGUCAUCAUCUUCCCCUUUAUCUCGACCCCGAGACCUGCCGCUGGGGAAAUCGCCAAGCCGAAGGAAAUGAUCCUCGGCUCGGUUGAUAUCUUAAAGAGCGUCGACUACUGGAUGCUCAUGCCACUGACGAUUUAUCUUGGCUUUGAAGUAGCUCUUCAUCUGGGAGUGUUUCCCACAGCAGUGUCGAGUCUGAAUCGUCUUGGAGGAAAUCCACAUCAGCUUGUUGGCCUGAUGGGUUUGCUCACUUCAAUCGGGAAGAUAGUCGCUGGCGUUUCUUCUAUCUUUCUUAACGACCCGUCGAAGAACGCGUUCAGUGGAAUGUUGGCUCAUGUUAUCGCCAUGUUCCUCACCUUCUUGUAUAUUCCUACCGAAGCCAUUACCAAAGACACCUGGCAAAUCGCCUAUCUUGAGCCAAGCAUUCCUCCUCUUGCGAUUGCAGCGUUUCUUUACGGCUUCGGAGAUGUAGCCAUGUUUACGACUGGCUUCACGCUUCUAGGGUUGCUUUUCCGUGGCCAAACAUUCGCUUCUGCGGUCGCUAUUUUCAAUUUUAUCACCUUGGGCUCGUCUGGCGUUUUAUUCGCCGUCUCAGGAAACCUACCGAUCUCGGCGAUCCUCGGUGUAUGCGUACUUAUUCUCCUUUUUGGAAUGCCGUUUCUGUUUAAAAUCGACCGAAGACUCAAAGAAGACACUCAGACAAAUACAGAUCAGUUACUCAACGAUGAAGAAGACUGA